AUGCAGCUUCAGCACCAGAUUGGAUUUUAUCAACUUCUUCAUUUGGAGCUAUGUGGAGGUUAUGGAGGGUGGUGGGAUCUGCUUACUUGGAUGUUGGAAAGUUCUCCUAAACUACAAGUUCUUAAGCUCUGCGAGUGCAAGGAACGCAAUUGGUUCAAGCCCAUUGAAGGUCAUUGGAGAGGACCAAGUUCAGUUCCUGAGUGCUUGAUGUUCCGUCUGCAUACUUUCAAAUGGACAGAUUACAAAACUGCAGACGAAGAGAAGAAAAUAGUUGCCUACAUCUUGAAGAACGCAAGACAGUUAAAGACUGCAUGUAUCUCUGAGGAGAGAUGGUACCCUCUGCAGAAAGAGCUAUCUAAGAAAUUGAAAGAGUUGGUUUCUCUGCCUAGAGCUUCAAGCUCAUGUCAGCUGAUGUUGGAUUAUUGGAAAGCUUGA